AUCUCACGGUGGCAACUAAUACCGUCUCGCAUUAUAUUCAGUUAGAAAAUGUGCAUUGAAAUAAAUAUUAAGAGGGAAACGUUAUAGAAUAUCUAAUCGAUCAACGGAGAAAGGAGGGGGUGAGAGCAUGUUUGUGAAUUUCAUCGUAGUCAUACGUGUACCAGCACUCGGAAAGAGAUGAUCUCCAUCGAGCAACAUUUUAGUUUGAAUAGACUUCUUCUACUCGCUGUUGGCAUCUGGCCCUAUCAACAAUCAAAACUUGUUCGACUUCAGUCCCUUUUUUUCUCCGGUACUUUAAUAACUGCUGCAGUAGUUCAGGUUUCCCCCUUGUUCACUGCAAAGUGUACUUCCGAUUUCGUUAUUAAACUUUUUUCCUCUACAAGUUUCUUUCUUCUUUUUCUAACAAAAUACGUUGCGUUCAAUGUUAAUAUGAAAUUUGUAAAAGAAUUACUGGCACAAACUGAACAUACAUACAAUCAACUAAAAGAUAAAAAUGAAUAUGCUAUCGUAGAAAAAUAUGGAAACAUUGCAAAGUGUUACACCGCUGUACUUGCAACAUGUGGUAUUUUUGGUACAUCUCUUUUUAUUAUCACCCAAUACUGGACAAGUAUUCUUGAUAUUAUUCUACCGAUAAACGAAUCUCGACCAUUUCAUGUACAAAUUAUAACGGAAUACUUUAUCGACCAACAGAAAUAUUUCUUUCUAAUUACACUGCAUAUAACAACAGCCUAUUGCAUAGUUUUUUACAGUUAUCGUAUUGAACGCAUGAUGAAAAUUAUUAUAUUAGAAAAUAAUAAUCCUAAAAGCAAAAAUUUAAUUCUUGAUGAGAUAACUUGCGCUGUAGACAUUCAUCGGCAAGCAAUGAAAUUAACCGGACUAAUAUCAUCGAAAUUUGAAGUCAUGUUAGGUUGUUUAAUAUUUAUCGGAGUAAUUUCUCUGAGCCUCAAUCUUUUUCGAAUUUCACAAAUUGUAUCAUCUGACAAGACUAAUAUUAAGGAAAUGAUAUGGCCCUUUACAUUAACAACUGCCUGUAUACUAUACAUGUUUGUAGCGAAUUAUAUGGGACAAGAUAUUAUAGAUAUCAAUAAUUACUUAUUCGUUACUGUAUACAAUGUUCCGUGGUACAUAAUUCCUUUGAAUGUGCAGAAAAUAAUACUCUUCCUGUUGCAAAGGGGCACUAAGGAAUACGUAGUGGGUGUCGGUGGACUUUUUGUGGGAUCGUUAGAAUGUUUUGCCACGUUGGUGAAGGCUUCGGUAUCUUAUUUUACUGUUAUACAUUCUACACGAUGA